AUGGACCAGACCUCCAGGCCGCGUCGCGCAGUACGCGAAUCCAUGGAUUACUGGUCACGCUUUGUCGACAAGUGUAUAUCCAAACGCCUCAGCACGGAAGACUUUGACGAAUUCGUGCGUCUCAUCCAGGCGAAGCACCCGUUGCCCCCAUUUCUCAUCGCCUUUUUAUUUCUGCGACCGAUGCCCGAUAACGACGUGAGCCUCGACCCUCGAAUACCGCCGUAUAUCCAGGUCCUCAGCAGGCUAGGCUAUAUCGAUGCGCCGUCCAUAUUGAAAGUGCUGUACAAAUUCUCGUCCCUGCACACACAGCUCAAAGCUUCUACUCAAAACGGAACCCAGUCCGAGAGCAAGGACAACAAGGACAGCCAUGAUUCGAAUGGCAAAGAUAAAAAACAGAGCCCGCGACGCUGGAGGAGCUCGUCUUGGGCGGAGGAAGUCAUGUUUUACCACGUUAUUAAAACUAUCGUGGAGGGAACUGCGUUCCGAGAUUCGCGCGCCGUACUGGAACUUGUCCAAGUCAUUUCUAAGUGGAUGGAACUCUUCACCUCAGUGUCUAGCGCUUUUGCGACUGAUGUAAUGGGUGAACUGCAGAAUUCGCAGGCCCGUGAUGAUAUGGAUGUUGCUCGGGCUGCCUUUGUCCCGCUCUUGUUGCGGUUGGUGGAGGUUCCCGCGCUUGUCAAAGCCAUCAGCAACCCCAAUGUCAAAGCGAUACGUCAGCAGCUGUCGAACAGCUUGGCUGGGUUCAUUCACACACUACAGCCGGCUCCGGGAUUUGUGGAACGAUUAGACAUCUUCCGCACGGAAACUUUGGAUAGACUGGAUCCAAUUGAUAAAAGGAGCCAGGCAGCUGCGAAUGCCGCCAUGGACGAGCUGCUGGAGACGACCGUUGGUGUAGACAAUUUUGCCAUUCCGGACCUGCUCAUCACCAACACCAGAUCAGCAUUAUAUGUAUAUUUAAACGCAACGCUUGUGGGACGGCCAUUGAUUGACGAUAAUGUAUUGAUAUCAUAUUUGCAAAACCGGUAUCAGGGCGCAACGCAACCAAGCGCUAUUGAGCUAAUUAUAGCAUCAUUUGACAUUCUUGCCAAUGCGGUAUUCCGCAACGAGGGGCCCAGAGAUGCACAUCUGCUGAAGUCGUUCCUGGUGAACAAAGUACCACUGCUCCUGUGUCACCUCUUCUCACACGAACCCACAUUUGACACCAACUCUACGGAAUACUGCAUCACUGCGGCUCUGAACCAGGUCGACACGAGUGUUUUCCCCACCGCCUCGCUCAUGUUUGACGAGUCGAGAAGCAACAACCCCUAUACCGAAAGUGUCCGAGAGGACUUUUGUACGGCAUGUGCUCUUCAUGGUUUGGUGCAAAGGGAGCACGUGGAGAGAAUACUGGGCGAAACGUCCAUGUCCUAUGAGCCCUCCCUGGAAAAGUAUUCCAAGGAGAAGCUUGUUCAGGAUUGUUUGGCAGACGCCGAAAAGGUUCAGGGAUUAAUACGCGAGUUGGAGAAGAUGGAUGGCAACGUUGGCGCUGUUUGCCAGGCACUAGUGGAAGUAAUGCGCCAACUCUGCAACAACAAGGAAACGAUGUCACUAAAGCUCCUGUGCAGCCAGCUGGCACAAAAGCCUCAGACGUUGGAUAUUCUGCUACUCUUUGAAAAGCUGCCUACUAUUUUGGAUCCGUUGUGCCAGCUCCUGGACAACUGGCGAUACGAAGAGGAUCAAGGCGAAUACCAACCCAUCUACGAAGAAUUUGGCUCCAUACUCCUUCUGGUGUUGGCAUUUGCAUACCGCUAUAAUCUAACCGCGGCUGACAUUGGCAUAAUGUCUCCAGAUUCUAGUAUUGCCAAGAUUCUGAGCAGGGCACAUAUAAGCCGCGAGAGGGAUGAGCUGACUGAACAGGAAAAGGGCCACAUGAGCGGUUGGAUUCAUGGUCUCUUCGACACUGAAUCCGGUGGGUUGGGGGAUGAUCUGAUGUCUUCGUGUCCACCGCAAGACUUUUAUCUGCUCGUGGCAUCUCUGUUUCAAAACAUUGUGGUAGCCUACACAUACGGAUAUCUCAACGACGAAACCCUCAAAGGGGGUGUAGAAUACCUUGUAGACACCUUCUUGCUACCUUCACUCGUGCCGGCACUUCGUUUCCUAGCAGACUACCUGUGGGUAGAGCAAAAGGAGCAAAAAGCCGUCAUCAAAGUCCUGCAGCUCAUCUUGCUGCCGAGCUCCAUUUCCGGCGAGGCAAGCACUAUGCUAUCAUCCGUGAGAAACCUCGUCGCGAAGCCCCUGGAGCACUCCCUACGGACAUAUCAGCGUCAGGACCCCAAGAACCAGGACAUCGAGCCGCUGCUGCGAGCGCUCAAGGACAGCCUGCCCCUCUCACGACGAACCGGCGGCGCAGACCACAACGAACUCGAAUCGUGGACCAACGCCUCCAGCAACGGCCUCGCCGGCGCUUUGCGACACACCGUCCAGGGCCUCUUCCAAUGGAGUUUUCACCAAGCCACCGGCAACAGCCUGCCCACGUCCUACACACACAGACAACUAAUAGCAGCCGUAAAAAUCAUGGGAGCAAAGCGCGCGCUCCGCCUCCUCCUCGACGAAGUGCGCACGCACUCCGAAGCCGGCACCGGCCCCCUGGUCUACGACGUCGUCGGCGCCAUGAUCUGCGCCCCCAACGUCACCAACGAACUCCCGCCAAACAGCCAGAUGAUGGACCCGGCCGGCAACCUCCCGCCUGCCAUACAGCAGCCCCUCACCCUCCGCGAGGCUCUGCGCUUCGAAGCCGAAAGCUGUCGCAAGCUGCAAAAGACGGACCCCGUCCUGGCGGAGGUUGUCGUCCGUCUGCACCGCCGUGUGGAAGCGCACUUGGUCAUGCCGCAGGCGCAGGGGAUGCUCGAGGCACCGGGCAUUCAGCUCGAUCUUACGGCUGGGCCAGGCGGGCUCGGUGACGUUGGUGCGAUGGCGGCGGCGGCGGGAGUGGGAGGCGACGGCAUGGGGGUUGAUGGUCUGGAUAUGGGUAUGGGUGGUCCGGGGAGCGCUGGCGGCUUGGAUACGACUAGUGAUGGGGAUUUGUUUGGCGGGCUGGAUACUAGUGAUAUGGAUAUGUUUGCGUGGGGGGAUAGUAUGGAUUUGAGUGGGAAUUGA